AUGUCGGGCUACAACAACCAGAACAGCAACAUGGUGCCCGGGAACGCGGGCUACACAAACACCGCUGCCCCCGGGUCAACAACCACUGCUACCACUUCCUCUACCACCAUGCCUACCACCAUGCACGGUGCUGGCGGCGGCACCAACGCCGGAGCCACAACUGGCCGCAAGUUGGAAGGAGUCAUGAGCGGACUUCACGGGGCUGGAGAGCAAAUUCGCGGCCAGUUUAACAUGGCUGUUGACACUGCCAUGCGGGACCAUGAGGGCCAGGCCCGAAACCAAGGCAUCAUCAACCGGGGCCGCGAAGAGAUGGCCACCGGCCGUGUCAUCGAGAACCCCGAGAAGCACAGAUACCCCCACGGCACCUACCCCUCCGGAAACGCCGGCGCUGGUGCCGGUGUGAACUCUGGAAACACCAUGGCUGGUACUGGUACCGGAACGAUGAACUCGGCGCCAGGCUACAGAAGAGGCAGCUUGACUGAGGACUCAUACGGUGCGCCGGGACCGACCAAUGCCCACAAGCACCCUGGGCCAGGAAACACUGGUGGCGGACCGGCCAUCGGCGGCGGACAUUAUGUCGCUGAUGAGACUAGGAGAGGGUCUGCGGGAUAUUAG